AUGUCGGGUCUGCCUGGACUUGUUGGUCUUCCUGGCAAAGAUGGAUGGCCGGGGCAGCCUGGAGCGAUGGGAGUCAUUGGUCCAGCUGGUGAGAAAGGUGUUGCCGGCAUACCUGGAAAACGAGGCCGUGAUGGACUGUUAGGAUUGCCCGGUCCACCUGGACCACCAGGAGAUUCAUUUCCAGGCCCACCAGGUGCACAAGGAUUUCAAGGAAUGCAAGGUGAUGCUGGCCUGCCAGGAUUGCCUGGACUACAAGGCAGCCCAGGGGAGAUGCCACCGAUCAUUGAAGAACUAUUUGACAUGUCAGAAAAACAUGGACGUCAAGGUCUUUCUGGAAUUCCUGGUGAGAAAGGCGAACGUGGUUUUCCCGGUCAGCCAGGCAUGCAAGGUCGUCCAGGUGCUAAAGGAAUCCCUGGAAUGCUUGGAGAAAGAGGAUUGGAGGGAAUUCCUGGAAAGAAUGGACGUGCGGGACCUCCAGGACCUCGAGGGUUGCCUGGACGUCAAGGAUCGCCUGGAUUGGAAGGAAUAAAAGGAGGAAUUGGAACAGAUGGGCCUGAUGGUCAGCCUGGCAUGCAAGGCGCCACAGGCGAACCCGGAUAUGGAUUGACAGGAUUGGCGGGCUACCCAGGAAGAAAAGGCGAAUCUGGCCUACCAGGUCCUGAUGGUCGGCCAGGGCCCCAGGGAUUAGAAGGAAGACGAGGAGAACCGGGUCGUGAAGGAAUUAUUGGAAUGCCUGGGGAAAAAGGAGAGAAGGGGCUUGCCGGUAUACCUGGCAAAGACGGUCGUCGCGGUGCUCCAGGAGUACCAGGAUUAGAUGGUCAAAAAGGAGCAGCAGGCCAGCCUGGAAUCCCGGGUCGUUUUGGAGAAAAAGGAGAAAUUGGAGAUGCUGGAUUGCCUGGAAUUCCUGGCAAAGCUGGCUUCCCUGGUAAACCGGGCCAGGAUGGUGAAGAUGGAUCUAUUGGCUUUCCUGGUCUAAAUGGAGAACGUGGCGAACUUGGAAUGCCAGGAAUUGAUGGUCCAAUGGGUCUUCAAGGCCUUCCAGGAAGAGAUGGAUUUCUAGGACCAGAAGGGUUGACUGGUGAAGAUGGAUAUCCUGGACUUCCUGGAAAAGAUGGCAUCCCCGGCAUGCCUGGUAAUCGUGGAGAUGCAGGAUUACCUGGAGUUGCUGGAUUAAGAGGUGGUGAUGGUUUGCCUGGACAAUCUGGAUUGAAGGGAGAUGAUGGAGUGCCUGGACUUGAUGGAAUGAUUGGUCCUAUGGGUGAAAGAGGAUUAAUAGGACUAAAAGGAGGGCCGGGUGUGCCUGGAGCGAGCUCUCCUGGCCUUCCAGGGCCCAAAGGCCAACCUGGCGAAUACGGCUUCGAAGGGAUUCCUGGUCAACCUGGUUUGCCUGGUCUUCCUGGUCUCACUGGUUUGCCUGGAAUAAAAGGCGAAAUAGGAUUGUCUGGAUUGGUGGGAAAAUCUGGAUUGGAUGGCUUGCCAGGAGUCCCUGGACCUAAAGGAGAUAUGGGAGAUGCUGGGUUACGUGGACUCGAUGGAAUAAAUGGAAUUGAUGGAUUACCUGGUAUUAAAGGCGAAAAAGGUCCGCGUGGUGAUGUUGGAAUACCUGGACUUCAAGGAAUUCCUGGAUCUCAAGGACUUGCAGGCCUACCUGGAGAAGCUGGAUAUCCAGGAUUAAAUGGACCGCCAGGACCUAUAGGAAUGCCUAUAAAUGUUUAG